UCUCUGGACAAGACUCACGAAAUGGCGUCAGCUCCAGAUUACAGCAGUUACAGUCAGGCCGGAGGCCAGCAGGGCUACAGCUCCUACACGGCCCAGCCCUCGCAGGGUUAUGGACAGAGCACCCAGCAGUCAUACGGUCAACAGCAAGGCUACAGUUCAUAUACCCAACCGGCUGAUUCAACCUACUCCCAGAGCACAGGCUCUUCAAGCACUUAUGGCCAACAGGCCUAUGGAUCAUCCUAUGGACAACAGCCACCAGCCAGUGGUGCUUAUAAUGCCACUCCAGCAACACCACAGGGUUACACUCAGCCAGUGCAGGGAUAUGGAGCUGCCAGCUAUGAUACUUCCACAGCUGCUGCCUCUUCCACCAGCAGCAACCCAACCUCAUAUACUGGGCAGGCCAGCUACGGAGCUCAGUCUGCAUAUCCUGGAUAUGGCCAACAGCCUGCUGCUGCUACUGCUGCUGCUGCUGCUACUGCACCACCCAGCAGUUACGGUUCUGGCAGCCAGCAGCCCUCUGGAUAUGAGCAGAGCUCGUAUUCUCAGCAGCCCCAGCAAAGCUCUUACACUCAGCAACAGCAGGGAGGCUAUGGGCAGCAGAGCUCCUACAGCCAGCAGGGAGGAUAUCAACAAGCUCCUUCCCAGCAGCAACAGGCUCCACCUUCCAGCUACCCUCCACCUUCUGGAUCCUAUGGACAGGCCCCUGCUAGCCAGUAUGGACAACAGGGCAGCACUGGAAGCAGCUAUGGCCAGUCAGAUUACAAACCACCCAAUCAGUAUGGUAAUUACAGGCAGGACAAUCAGAAUGGCAUGGGCGGAAGCGGCUACUCGGGCCCUGAAUCCAGAGGAUAUGGGGGCCCUGGAGAGGGCCGUGGCAUGGGAGGGGGGGACCGCGGGCGUGGCCGGGGUGGGUUUGACCGGGGGAUGAUGCGAGGAGGUGGUGGCAUGCGAGGGGGCAUGAGCCGAGGAGGAAUGGGCAUCGCUGGAGACAGAGGUGGCUUCAGUAAGCCUGGUGACUCUGACAUGGGACGGCCAGAGGAGCAAGAUGACUCUGAAAAUAGCACUAUCUACAUUACUGGGCUGACUGAGAAUGCUACAUUGGAGGAAAUGGCUGAAUUUUUCAAGCACAGUGGAAUCAUUAGGAUAAACAAACGAACAGGCCUGCAUGCCAUCAACAUAUACACUGAUAAAGAUUCGGGGAAACCUAAAGGUGAUGCCACUCUAUCCUAUGAGGAGCCUCCAUCUGCUAAGGCAGCAGUUGAGUGGUUUGAUGGCAAAGAUUUCCAGGGAAAGAAGCUGAAGGUGUCCAUGGCUCGACGGAAGCCCAUGAUGGGCAUGAUGCGUGGGGGCAUGCCAAUGAGGGGGGAUCGAGGUGGCAUGAUGGGACGAGGAGGAAUGAUGGGUCGUGGUGGUAUGGGUAGAGGUGGUGAUCGAGGAGGCUUCAUGCCUCGUGGGGGUCCCAGAGGAAUGGGCAGAGGUGGACCAACUGGAGCAAACAUGCAGCAGAGGGCGGGUGACUGGCAGUGUCCAAAUGCGGGAUGUGGAAACCAGAACUUUGCUUGGAGGAUGGAGUGUAACCAGUGCAAGGCACCCAGACCUGAAGGCUUUGGACCUCCUCCCUUCCCCCCUCCAGGGGGUGACCGUGGUCGUGGUGGACCAGGAGGGAUGCGUGGAGGCCGUGGUAUGGAUCGUGGUGGACCCGGAGGCUUCCGUGGGGGUAGAGGUGGAGACCGUGGAGGCUUCAGAGGCGGCCGUGGCAUGGACCGAGGUGGCUUUGCUGGAAGAGGUCGUGGAGGACCUCCUAUGGAUGACAUGGGAAGAAGGGGGCGAGGAAUGGGACCACCUGGCAAAAUGGACAUGAAGGGAGAUCAUCGUCAGGAUCGGCGAGAGAGACCAUAUUAAGAGACUCCUCGCUGACUGAAACCACCUGUCAUUUUUCAAAUUGUUUUAAACUUGUGAUUCCAUAUUUAUAAAUGUUUAGUAUUGAACUCGUUACUGCAUUGAGAGAGAUCAGCUUGUUGAUGUGUAAGGGUCCAUGGACAUAGUUAACUGAUGGGUUGGUAUAAUGUUUUACCUUGUUUUUAUAUAUUGUCUGUAUAGUGUAUGAUUUUUCUUUUUUCUUUUUGAACUGUCAGUGAAACUAAGUGACCUGUAAAAUGCAGGAUGUUCAGUGUGCCAUUUAGAUUUGUCAGAAUGGUCUUAUGGAGUGUUGAUUUGUUUUCUGCCUGUGCGGUCAUUGGCACAGUUAAAAUGUGAGUGAAUAAGGUAAAAGACAAAGACGCUUCUGUAUAUUAACAGUGUUAAAGGAAUACUUAACCCAAAAAUUAAAACAUCAUUAUUCAUUCACCCUCAUAUUCUGUUUUUUUUUUUUUCUGCCGAAAGAUCAGUGCUUUGGUUUGUUCUCUUGAUGUAACAUUGGAGGAAAAAUUUAUUUUUCCAGAUAACAUGAAAAUUAGAUGUGAUCUAGGAUUGUUAUAUAUUGGAUGGCAUUGUAGAGACUAAGCCUCACAGCCUUCAUGUCAAAAAUCAAAUGGCACUACUGUGAAUAAGGUCUAUUAAAGAAAACAAUGUUUAACUAAAUUUUAUGACUAUCACUGUUUGCAAAUACCAUACAAAUGAAUGGGUAGAGACAUAAAAUUAGUUCUACCUGUUGCAAAAUUACGGAGCCCCUUAAGUGACCUGUGCAAAAAAAUAAAAUUAAUCACAUACUUUUGCGUGCGCACGAGAAAUUUAAUUUGAUUUUUAUUGUUUCUUUUCACCGAUCACUUCAGGGGCUCCAUACAAAUGUACAUUCUUUUUUGGUAGGAAAUUCUACACAUAGUUUACUCUAAAAGGGUUACUGAAUAUAAUACAUGUUGAAGAUUAGCGGACAGACAGUGAAUAAAGUUUGCUCACAAAAGAGGUUUAUAUUUUUAUUAUACUGAAGCAUCUCAGUUCAAGUAAAAGCAAAGCUUGCUCGUCUGAUAAAAAUGGUUAUGAAGAGUACAGGCAAAGGGGAAUAUCAGUGACUUAAGUUAUAUGAGCUGUCUAUUCUCAGGAAGGAAAGCUAUUAUAUGAUUUGUCACACAUUAAACCCAGAGUAUGAGUUGUUGCCCUUUGGUAGAAGGUGUAGGUGUUUUCAUUUUCUAUAUAUCUUUUAUACAUACUUCAAUUAAAAUAACGUGCAUUCAAUGCAGAUAUAUUUUGAGAUAUCAGCUUGUUGAUGUGUAAGGGUGCAUGGACAUAGUUAACUAAUGGGUUGGUAUAAUGUUUUACCUUGUUUUUAUAUAUUGUCUAUAUAGUAGUGUAUGUUUUUUUUUUUUUGUUCUUUGUCGUUUUGCAAUGUCUUAUGAUGAAUUUUCAGCCGAAUUCUUAUUCUCAGUUAUAUUGUGAGAUGGUU